AUGAUCAAGUGGCUGAUGGACCAUUUUCCAUGUGGACAAACGGCGGUCGAAGUGGACGAAGCGGCAGCUGCAGGUGGACAUUUGAACGUGCUGGAGUUCCUGUUGGCCCUCGAUGGCAAGGAAAGUACCGGUGGAAGUGUUCAGAGCGGUCAACAGGUUGACUCCGAGAGGGACGCUGGAGGACGGGUCUGCUGGGGCGGCCGCAGUGUCAAGGACGCUCUCUCCAAGAAGCAGUAUGCAGCAGUUCAGUGGCUGUGCGAGCGGGGACUUCACACGCAGGAGGAUCAAGAGAUCGCGACACGAGUCGACAGAGCGUUGAGACUGGAAGAUGCGGAUCUCGUGGACUUCCUGCUUCAUGGAGGACAAGCCCAAGAGGACCCAACUCCCGAACGAGUCGACGCGAUCCUACAGUUUGCUGCUGACCCGGACUGUGCUGUGCACGCGUUCCCAGCCGUGAUGAAGCUGCAGAGUGCGUCUCUUAUGCAGAAAAUGGUGCAGCUCCAUUCUACCCUUCCGAAGGACCACAAAGCGUGGUUGAACGUGUGGAAAAGUGCGCUUAACGAGUCGUGUCGCCGCGGAGACCUGAACAUCUUCAAGUGGCAGAUGGAGCACUGGCUGGGGCGCGAAGCUUGCUCGGUUCUGCUUCGAUAUCCUGACUUCGUGGACCUCAUGUCUGCGGCUGCAAGGGGAGGGCACGUGGAAGUGAUGGAGUAUCUUCACCGCAUUGGACUAAAGGAACUCCCGGAAAAUAUGAUUGCCGGUGCAUUACUACGACGCGGGCGGAGUCAAGCACGCGACGAUGCCGAUGAGUGCAGUGUGGCCUCUGAGUGA